ACAAACCAAAUUGACAGGUGUGUUACACCUGCCAAAAUUUAUCAAAAUUCAAAUUCAACUCUCAAAAUCUACAUGUCAUAAAUUCAUAAUUCAGUCACGAUGUCACCCAUUUUCGGCAACAUCAUUUUCAAAAUUCUCGGUAAUUUUCAACAUCAUGAAAAACAUAGUCACGCACGCAGACUUUUAUCCAUUUUUUCGAGAAAAUCUAAAAUCGAAGAAACUUCCCCAUACAUCAUUGUCAGAGCAAACACAAAAGAUUAUGAUCAAAUAUUGAAAGUUAUGCACGAAAGUUAUUAUGCAAACGAACCAACGGUGGCAUCCCUUAAAAUCCCUCCUAAUCCCUUCAUGGAUGAGAGAGCCUUAAGGGCUAUGGCUAAAGGAUAUACUCUAGUUGCCAGAUGUAAGCACAAUGGCUGCAUAGUGGGAGCAUGCAUCAACGAAGCCGCACAUCCCUGGGAUCCAGAAAUCGACGAAAAACUUUCCUGCGGAAUUGAAAACGAAAACAUUAAAAAGCUUAUUAUGUUUUACGCUUAUUUAAUGAAAGCUCCUGAUCUAUGGAGAUGUUUGGGAGUAGGAACUGUUUACGAAAUGGCUUAUUUAUUUGUAAAAAGACAGCAUCGUAAAAAAGGCUUGGCCUUUAGGCUGAUGCAAGAAUCCAAAACUUUGGGAGCCGACUCUGGUUUUCCUGUACUUAGAUGCGAUGCUACCAGUGUCCAUACAGCUAAAAUCUGUGAACGCCUUGGCAUGCAAAAAGUAGCCGAAAUUCCUUACUGUUCAUAUCUGGACCAUAAUUUGGAGCCUGUAUUCAACCCCCCAUGGCCUCAUGAAGGAGUUCAAACCUUUUGCGACUGCGCACCACAGUAUAACGAACUUAAGAAGAAAAUACAGACAAGAAAGAGCUUAUUUAGUCUAGAAAAAUCUAAAGACAAAUAUACUUGAUGCAAUAUGGAGAUUGAAAAUUGAAAAAAAAAAUAUAGGAAAAAUAAAUUGAAUUGUAGUCCAACGUUCAAUUAAUUCAAAUAAAGCUGAAACCAAACCGGAACAUUUUAUAAUAAAUCAAAAAAACCUACAUUAUUACACCAUAAGCUAAAUAAUUUCUUAUAGCAAAAUUACCAUAACGUAAUAGAAUCCCAAAACUGUUGCGGUUAGUUGGCAUACUUCCUUGGUAAUGUUAAACAAAUUAAGCGGUUUUAAUAAGGAAAAAGAAAAAAACAAUCUAGUUUUAUAAUAAAUACAAUUUUAUUCACCUAAGUAUGGAAAAUUGCAAAGUACAAAAAGAUUAUGGCAUUAAAUAUAAUUGAAAUAUUUCACAACUAGUAUUUUAUUUUAUUCAACAUAUUAUUGGUUUAUGGUCAGUUUAAAAAAUUGGCAACCGUGUAUAUUGACCUAAUGAUGUAUUGUACUUGUUAACUUCAGACCGUUUUACUAAAACUAGAUUAUCUUGAAGUUUCGAUCUGAUGAAACCAAGACUUUGAGAAAACUCUUUACGAUUUCAAUAAGGUUGGAUGGAGAGUUAUCAAACAUGCAUACAAAACAAAAUUCAGGUAGCUACUUUCAUGACUAGGUAAUUAAUUUUUCUUAAUACAUACAAAUAUUUACUAAUUUUUGUUAUCAUAUCCAUAUUCUUUCCCUUUAAUGCUACCAUGUUUUUUAGCGUAAUCCCUAUGAUGUUUUUGAUAUUUCUUUUUCCCACCUUCCCUGCUGAAUCCUUUGUUCUCGUCCACGUGUUUCCCUUUUUUGGAACGCCCUUUAUUCCCAUAUUUCCUUCCACUUUUGCCAGAUUUAUGACUGCUACCUUUCUUAUGUCCGCCUUGAAUAUAGAAAAUUUUUGAGUUGCAAUUUUUAAUCAAAAAAAUUCUUACCUUCUUUUUUCUUGUAGUGUGAGUGAGCAUCUCCAUGUUUUUCAUGGUACCCUUCUUUGUGGGCAUCGUCGUAGAAUCUGUGCUCUCUGUGAUAUUCGUCCCUGUGGAAUUUGUUGUGGUAACCUUUAGUUUUGUGGCCUCGUUUGUGCCCUUUUU